AAAAACACCUGUUUCAUGAAAAUUCAUCCUUUCAUUCAAACACCACUAUUCUGUUCAUCAAGCCAGGAUACUCAUUUGUUCAAAAUGCUGAAGACUAUCUUUUUGCUGACCCUCGUAGCUUUGGCUACUUGCUCUGUAAUUGGCGGUUUUAAAGACGCCAACGUUGAUGAUGAGGAUGUGGUGGUUGCUGCGAAAUAUGCCGCCAAGGGACUGUCCAAGAAAUUUGCCGGCCCCUACCACCACAGACUUGCCAAGGUUCUCAAGGCCAAGAAACAGGUGGUUGCUGGUGUGAACUAUAGAUUGGAUGUGAUCGUCGGUAAGACCAACUGCAAAAAGGACGAAGUUGAAUACGAACAUUCCUCCGACUGUGACUUCCAAGAUAGCGUCAGCACCUACAAGAAGUGCAGUGUAUUGGUCUACAGAGAUUUGAUUGGAAACCACAAGUUGGUAUCCUCUGGCUGCGUUCUCGCUUCAAAGAGUGAUCUUUAAGCAGCUGCCUUGAAGAGGCAAGUCAACUAGGAAAAGUCUCAGUUUUCCGCACAGAAUAGAAGAGAGCACCUAAUGUGGAUGAUUGUGUUAAUGUGAUUGUUCUUCUAAUAAAGCUGUUCGUUGUUUCUUUUCCA